AUGGAAGCUGCAAAAAGCCGGAACCUGGAGGAACUCGACAUAUCCUAUUUGUUAGGUAUCCCUUUGGCGCCUACUAUUUUCUGCUGCAAAACACUAGUGGUUCUCAAUUUGACCGGAAUAAGUGUAGCCACUAUGCUUCAUUGUUCCGUUGAUCUUCCUUUGCUCGAAUUCUUAUCUCUGUCUGAAGUUCGUUUUAAAGGCAUGGAGGAUUUAAUGAAACUUCUCUCCGGCUGUCCAAAAUUGUUGGAUUUAAGAACUAGACAUGUUACAGCAACAACCGGUAUUACUACCGGAGGAUACUUUAAACCCUUAUCCAAGUUGUUCUAUGCUGAUAUCUGUUUAUUUGAGGUUCCGGUCAGAGCAGUUUCUAAUGUGGAACAUCUAGUCUUAAGGAAGCUAUGGUGGUGGAAUUUGAAUUUACCAAAUUCCAAGGACAAAGAGGAUUGGAAAUACCCAGAUCAUGUUCCUGAAUGUGUUUCAUCUCAUCUAAAAAUAUGUAAAAUUAAUGACUAUCAUGCUGUGGAAGCUGAUUUUCGGAGGUGUAUUGAGGAUUACGCCCAAGUGUUAAUGAAGUGCUUCUUUAAACAGAAUUUGAACUCGACAAACAGGCUAGUGCGAUGGAAUGCUCUUGAUAGAACGAACAUGAUUUUAAAUGUGGAUGGUAGCAGUAUUGGUAACCCGGGAAUUUCAGGCUUUGGGGGGUUGAUUAGGAACUCUCAUGGAGCUUGGGUCCGAGGAUUUGCUGGGAAUAUUGGUUUCUCAAACAUACUACAUGUUGAGCUUUUGGCAAUGUAUCAUGGCCUAAACCUAGUUUGGGAACUGGAUAUAAAAUAUAUGAUAUGUUAUUCUGACUCCAAAACAGCCAUUAAUUUGAUAGAGAAACCUAUCAAUGAAUGA